AUGACAUCCGAGGGCGCAUGGCGGCCGGACCUGAGGUUCAGCCACGUGGACAUCGUGGUGGAGGACAUCCAUGCUUUCCUGAGCACCUGGUGUCCUCGUUUGGGCUUCGUGGCUUCGAAGGUUCAGACCUGGGGCGGUCCUGAGGAGCCCACUUGGACGGAGUAUGCGAGCGUUUUUGACCCGAACGGCCAGCUGGUCUUCAUGGCGGUCGAGGGGAAGAAGGGAGCCCAUGUAGAGCUACUGAGGAAGUAUGGCUCCGGUUCCAUCUACCGACUCUGCUUUAAGACUGACAACCUCGAGGCCUGCUUUGGCCAUCUUAAAGCUUCUGGGACCAAGGCGACCAACUUGGAGGGGGUUCCUUUCAACUCCUUUCAAGACGUUAUCAACAGUGGCAAGAGAAUUCUGUGGCUGGAGAGAGAAGGCGAGCUGUCGAUGGAAAUCCUCACCGCGCCGAUUAUUGAUUCCGGGUGCGCGAAACUGAAGCGAGAAGUGGGCUUCGUAUCAAAUCAGCUAUCUGCAUGGCAGCGGCGCGUUUGUGCUGCGACUGCUUUGGGCGCAGCGUUCAUUAUUGGAGUUUUCUUUGGCAGAGCCUCUAUACGGUGA